UCAGUUGCGCGGUUACUUCUCAAGUGAAAUGUUAACACUGUGGCUGAAAUUGCAAUUGUUGCUGGCUGUAAGCAGCGCUUUGGCUGACCCCUGCAAAAUUACCUUACCAACGGAUGUGGCCAACCCGCAGCCAGUUAUUGUGACACAGGAAGGACUACUACGACCAACCAAUGCAGUAACCGAAAUAGCUGAGAAUGAUAAGAUUACGCUGCAUUGUGCCGGCAAAGGAAAUAUGUUGGUUGCUUUAAGUGAGCAAACAGCUAAACUUGAGUGCCAAAGUGGAAGUUUUUACGAUGAAGAAACAGGAAAGGAAUUUGCACUCAAUAAACUAAAUUGCACUCACAUACCCACCGCUGAGGUGUUGGUAACGGAAAUUGCUUGUGCGAAUGGCACCGGUCUCCUGCACGAAGUGGGUUUCGCGGUAAAUGAUGAGUUCCAGAGUCUAUUUACGAUUUGCUAUAACAGAGAAAAUGUGCAAACGCUCUACUCGCGUAAUUUAUUGAAUGGACGGGGGCUGGAUGUUAAAAUUAUCGAUAGCACACGACGUUCUUUCCGCGCUGAGGGCAUGCGCUUCACCACUACAGCCAUAAACAACCUCUACACGACUAAAAAUCAAAUUGCGCGCUUUAAAACGCUUUUCGGCGCCGAUCAAGCCUACGUGAAUCGCACAAGCUUUUUGGCGCGCGGUCACCUCACGCCAGACGCUGAUUUUAUUUUCACUUACGAACAGUUGGCCACUUAUUUCUAUAUCAAUUGUGCACCCGAGUGGCAGGUGGUAAAUGCUGGUAACUGGUUGCGGGUGGAAAAUUUGGCACGUAAGUUAGCCUCCUCACUUGGAUCCGAUUUAUUGACAUUCACUAGCACUUUGGGCAAGCUAGAGCUAGAAAAUUCAAAGAGCGGUGAUUCGGAGGCAAUUUACUUGGAUAAAACAGAACUAAUAUCGGCGCCACAAUGGUACUAUAAAGUGUUAAUGCAUCCUGAAUUGCCCGUGGAUCUAGUCAUUAUAACACUGAAUGAUCCCUUUGCCAAUGUUGACAAAACGGUGGAAUUUUGUACGAAUGUUUGUGACAAGUACGGCUUGGCUGACUCGUCCGUCUUCCAAGUCGCCAGCCACGGCUAUACAUUCUGUUGUGAGUUGAAUGAUUUCUGGGAGAAUGCGAUGGACACAGAUACUCCAUACUAUGAUUUACCAGAAGGGUGGAGUUAUAAAAGUAAUUAAUUUAGAAUAUACAAAGAACAAAAAAUAAAAAGC